AUGAAGUCAGACUCUUUUCUCCAGGAAACGCCGAAAGCAGUCAGUGCACCUCAGGGGAACCACUUGAUCAACAAUGGCCAGUGCAUUUUUCCAAUCAGUUUCGAAAAAGAAAAACAGAUGCGGGGAAAGAAUCUGAGCUGUACCAGUGUGUCCCAAAACAACUCUGUAAAAAGUUGCGGAAUUGGUGCAGUUGAUUUGCAAACACAUGAAACCCCACCGGUUCCUCCUCCGAGGAGCACAUCUCGAAAUUUCCCCAGCUCAUAUUCCGAACAAGCCCAAGAGCAACUGAAGGGAAGUGUAGACCACAAGAGCUGGGCAGCCUGUGGGAGUCCAGGUGAAAGGAGCUGCAGUCCUCCUUUUCUUUCGAGGCAGCGUGAGAUACCUACAUUGGGUCCAGAUGAAGGGAAGACUUUGGAAGAUAGUGUCAUGUUUUCCUCUUUGACACCAGAAAUCCAAAUAGAUAGCAGGGCUCCCGGUAGCGUUAGACUUGGCGUAAGCCCAUGCACUGUUGAGAUAGACGCCAAAAGGAGCCCCUCUGCUUUGCGGUUUCAGAAUACCUGCUCUCCCCCUACCAAGCCACAGUUAGAAGACGUGCUUGCAGAUCACUCUGCAAAAUCUCCUGUUCUCUCCGUAAAUAAUGACAGUAGUUCUUUGGUGGCACAGAGCAGUGGUCCACUUGGAAGUUUCACCUGUGGCUUUGAAAGGACUACAAGGAAUGAGAAGCUGGCCACAAAGACUGAUGAAUUUAACAGAACUGUGUUUAGAACAGACAAACACUGUCAUGCAGCAUGGCAAAAUGAAAGCUACUCACAAUCAUCUGAAGAUAGUAAGCCUUCUGAUACCCCACCUGCCCCUGUAGGUGGCCUAUCCGUCAGUGACAACGUGACCGAUAUUCUGAAAACCAGCACCUACGUGCCUGAGCCCACAGAAAAUGUACCUGUUAAUCAUACCGGGAAGUCCACAGCUGGCCUGGCUAGACAAAUGCAGGAACAGAUGCCUUCCGGCGGUUACCGGACUGUGCUUCAGGAGCGUGACUGGAGACCAAGCAGUUUAUCUGGCAGACCAAGAUCCGCUGACCCAAGAUCCAACUACAGCGUCGUGGAAAAGUUGCUGAAAACGUGUGAUAUGUCCGCGGGCCCUGCAUUUUGGAGCUCUAAAUGCGUGAGGGAAAAUUGGACCAAGUGGCACACGGAUGUCAGUGACAGUUCCACGUCAAGUCAAUGCUUACAAGGGAUUCAAAUGGAGCAGGAGUUACAGCCAAGGACAGUUUGGGGCGGGGGACAGCAAGUGAAGCCAGGAGUAGAUCGCAGAAAGGUGACGGAGUUAAGAAAGCAGAUAUGGGUCGUCAUUCUUGGUCAUUUUCUUCCCUGAGACUUACCUUUGUGAUCUGUAAACCAAGACUCCUUUGCCAGACUUCACAAAAAGCCUCUUUCCCUUUAUGGUCUGAAUGAACCACUAGACUCAUUUUAACUCCUUGUUAUGUUGACUAAAAUGGUAGAACUUUGGAUAUGAAAAAUAAUUAUUAUCUAGUCUAAGCCCUAGAACUUAAAA